AUGACCUUCGAAAGGGAAAAAAAUUGGCCGAUAACGGUGAUAACGAUCCGAACGGUCAACGAGCCAAAAAUCAGAAUAGGUUGGAGUGUUCAAUGGUCGAGAAGAGCCAGCUAUGCGAGUUGUGUGAACACCGUCACGUCAAAAUGUACAAUCACUUAGUCAUCAGAAAUCAGCUCACAUUCAUUAGGUUCCCAAGCUAAUAAACAACUGUCCAUUAAUGCAAACUUAGCCGCCGUCGCCUGCCGCCGCAGACGAGGACGACCCCAUUGGAAAUGUGCGCAUUGCGGAAGUUAGUUGUUUUCUCUUCGCCUAAAUUCCGAGGGAACACAACACAACGAGGUUCUUCUUCGGCUGUUUCUUGUCCAAUUCGACCUUGCCCAUCAUUACUUUUUCCACGAGGGCACUACAGAGACGCCGAGAAACGGUUUGGUUCCUGGUCGGCCGGCGCGCAGAUGGCAUACGGCUUCCGUGUCUUCUGCGCCGAACGAUAUAAAAGGCAGCGGGCGCGGAGAGAAAGGCACUCGACUCGACAGUCUUGUCUACUCAGGAAAAACUAUGUAAGUCACUGAUCACCCCUUCAAGAUUAGUACCCAACUGUUGCUUUCAGAAUGUCGUCGGAAGACCCAAAGCAAGUCUCGUACGAGACAGAAUCUCUUCGUAAGGUGGCCUUCUUCGGAAUCGCCGUCUCCACCAUCGCCACCCUCACCGCCAUCGUCGCCGUGCCGAUGCUGUACAACUACAUGCAGCACGUGCAAUCAGCCCUUCAGUCGGAGGUCGAGUUCUGCGCCCACCGAUCGAACGGACUAUGGGAUGAGUACAAGAGAGUGAGCAUCUUUCUCUUCUAACUUCUGCAUGUCAACAUUUUCCUAAAAUUUCAGUUCGAAGGAGUCGCCGGAGUCGAGGGACGCAUCAAGCGUGACGCCUACAACCACCGCUUCCAAGCCAAGCAACGCCGUCACACCUAUGAUUCUAUUGGAGCCGGAACGUGCUGCUCUUGUGGAGUCGGUUCCGCCGGACCACCAGGAUCUCCAGGACAGGAUGGAGCCCCAGGAAACGACGGAGCCCCAGGAGCCCCAGGAAACCCGGGACAGGACGCGUCGGAGGACUCUACUGUUGGACCAGACAGCUUCUGCUUCGACUGCCCAGCCGGACCACCAGGACCAUCUGGAGCCCCAGGACAGAAGGGACCAUCCGGAGCCCCAGGACAGCCAGGACGCAGCGGAGGAAGUGCCCUUCCAGGACCACCAGGACCGGCCGGACCACCAGGACCAUCCGGACAGCCAGGAUCCAAUGGAAACGCCGGAGCUCCAGGAGCCCCAGGACAAGUUGUCGAUGUGCCAGGCACCCCAGGACCAGCCGGACCACCAGGACCAGCAGGAUCAGCCGGAGCUCCAGGACAGCCAGGACAGGCCGGACACGCUCAGCCAGGACAGCCAGGACCACAGGGAGACGCCGGAGUUCCAGGAGCCCCAGGACAACCAGGACAGGCCGGUGCCCCAGGAAACGAUGGAGCCCAGGGAGGACAGGGACAGUGCGACCACUGCCCACCGCCAAGAACCGCCCCAGGAUAUUAA